UCAGUUAUAUCCAGCUAUUUGCACCUCUGGAAGAAAUAUACUUAUCAAAUCCCGUCAUCUUGAUCAGUACCAGGCGUUAACUUAUCGUUGGCGGUCUCGCUUAACUUUCGCUUUCUUUAUUCCUGUUCAUGAAGUGGAAAGACGUCCGGUUUGCUACUAUUACAGUGCGGAUCUGCGGGGAACGGAUUUGGUUAAGUGUGACGGGAGGCUGCGGGCACUUGCAUGGGUCGGUUGAUCUGGUUGCUCGGCUCCCCACUGCAGAGGCUGAAAUAGAGGUCGGAUCCAACAACUUCAGGCCACCUUUGCCAGCUUCGCGCUCCCGUCCCUUGGGAAACAUCGACAGUAUUCCCGACGCUGCUUUGUCGGACUUGCGCCAAUGAGUUGACACUGGGACCCGUUACUUUCUAACCUCCUGGCAGUAUCGUAGUCGAGCGCUGCCCAAAUGGCGGGCUUGAUUUUUUUAAUUGCGACCUCUGUGGUCAUGGCCGUUGCCUCCUUCCUCGCCGGCGCGCUCCCGUUGUCCUUCUCUCUUUCGCAGUCGCAGCUCCGGCUCAUUGCUUCUCUUGGAUCUGGCUUGCUCGUAGGCAGCUGCUUAAUUGUCAUUCUGCCAGAAGGGAUCGAGGCUCUUGCGGCGUCGGUAGACCACUCGCGAAACCCCGCGCAACAUGGAUCCCAAACGCACUCGGACCACAUAUCCGCAAGAGCCGAGGAGCACGGGAGGGAGAACUUGGAGCUACCGGCAUUCAACAUUGGUUUCGCUCUAGUUAUUGGCUUUGCGUUGAUGUUCCUGAUUGACCGACUGCCCCGGCACGCAACCGAGAGGUUUCAGACAGCGCCAACGAGUAGACACGUCAGUCUGGAUAAUCUGGCUGGCUCAGGUGUGUCUGGCGACGAGGAAUCUGAAGGCUUCUUAAGUUCUUUGACUCCAUCACCCAAGCAAACGCGCAGCUUGGCUACCACGACCGGCCUUGUCAUACAUGCGGCGGCGGAUGGCAUUGCAAUGGGGGCUUCAGCGACAACAUCCAACCUGAACGUUGGGCUUAUCAUCUUCUUUGCGAUUUUGGUGCACAAAGCCCCUGCCGCAUUCGGGUUGACCUCCAUCCUUCUGAAGCAGGGCCUCUCAAAGCGAGCUACGCGCGUGCACCUCAUGGUUUUCAGCUUGGCGGCACCCGCCGGGGCGUUGGCCACUUACUUUCUCGUCUCAUUGAUAGGAGGCGAGACGAUGGAAGGCGAGUCGGCACAGUGGUGGACGGGAAUGCUCCUCCUCUUCAGUGCUGGAACCUUCUUGUAUGUUGCGAUGCAUGCGAUGCAGGAGGAGAACCAUUCAGCAGGUUUCGACCACCACUCGAGCAGCAACGGGUAUGCCGACAGUGGCGUCCCUUCCAACAGGCGGCCCGGCAAACUGCAGAUGCGGGAUACGCUUGCGACCCUGGUGGGAUUCGUGCUGCCGCUGCUGACGCGGUUUGGCCAUCAUCAUCACUGAUGUGUGUAUGAUUUGAGAUUCUAGGCCAGGCGUUCUGGUUAGACUGGGAAAAACUUGGAAAACCUUGGAAUUGUGAGGUUCUGGAAGUGCGAGGCAAUUUGAUUUAGGGCCGGGCGUUCUGGAGCACAGCGUUUCAGUCACGGCUACUAAUACUUUAACCUGUUCACAACGAUAGUACCUGACUUGAUGUGCGGAGACCUUGGCCCCAUGCCAACCAGGAGCACGUCGGUUGCGCUCUCAAGCUGUUUGAACUUACAGCCAGGGCGUUGUUGUCGGGGUGUCAACUGAAUGCUUGAUGACGCAAAUCGUGAUAUCGGCUGCUGCUCCACAGCAAGUUCCAACUUGGAUCAGCGGUGCGAAAACGGAGGCUAAAACUGUGAACUGCCCAGGCAAGUGGGGCCGUUUCAGG